AUGGCUACCAAAGAGCCCUCAUCUUCUGAUGAAGCGCGGACCAUCACAGAGUCAGAGAAGGUCGACGUGAAGUGGUAUCGUUCAUCAUUCUACAAUGCGACGAUUCUGGGCAUGUGCAGCUUUGCUGCGCCGGGGCUAUGGGGUGCUAUGAACUCCCUCGGUGCCGGCGGCGCCCAAGAGCCAUAUCUAGUCAACACAGGGAACGCCCUCACGUUUUGUCUCAUGAUCGUGUCCUGUUGGCUCACCUCCUCGAUCGUAAAGUACAUCGGAAUUAAAGGCGCUCUGGUCAUCGGGACCAUCGGCUUUGCCCCGUACAGCGCGGGCCUGUACCUCAACAACCGAUACGGCGUCGAGUGGCUCGUUAUCCUUGGAGCAGCUUUCUGUGGCGUCUCGGCUGGAAUAUUCUGGGCUUCCGAGGCUGCUAUUGCCAUUGCGUAUCCAGAGCCACGAAACAGAGGGCGCAUGGUCGCGUAUUGGUUGACGUGGACCAGAGUUGGCCAGAUUCUGGGCGGCGCGAUCAACCUUGGGCUGAACGCUGACCGCAGUGGAGCCGGUAAAGUCUCAUACAAGGUUUACCUUAUCUUCAUUGCACUUCAGGCCUGCGGACCGUUUGUGGCGCUGCUGUUGAAUAACCCGUCUAAGGUCCAGAGAAGCGACGGAAAGCCGGUUGACCUGAAGAUCUUCGACCACCCUUGGGAAGAGAUCAAGGCCACCACACGAACAUUCCUCAACCCGAAAUUUCUCCUUCUUGUCCUUUGGAUAGGACAAGGAGUGUAUUCGGAGUCCAUCUUCUUCACUUACAUCGCCCUUUGGUUUUCGGUACGGGCCAGAGCCCUUGGAUCGCUGUUGUCCGGCGUCGUUGCAGUCAUCUCUGGCAACCUCCUUGGAUUGUGGCUGGACCAAAACCAAAUCGCGUUGAAGAAGCGAGCCCGCUGGGCUUUUGCUGUUAUCAUGGUAACGCAAGGCGCGUGGUGGAUCUGGCUGACCAUCAAUGUGACGGAAUACCGCGUCACGCAGCCGACGUUCGAUUGGAGCGAUCCUGGAUUUGGAAGAGGCUUCGGUGUCUUUAUCUUCCUUGUUUCGGGCUUUCAGCUGAACUACAACUUUGCCUUCUUCAUUAUUGGCCAGAUCUCUGAAAGCCCACAGGAGACCAUCCGGCUCUCGGCGCUCCUUCGUGGCACGGAAUCAGCAUGGCAAGCCCUCAGUUACGGCCUUAAUGCACUUCCAAUUUUUGCUGUGGCUGGUGGGCCUUACAUCAACUUCGGACUAUGGGGCGCAUCGAUCCUUCCUGCAUUGGUGGUUAUCAAACAUCUUGGUGCUACCAAGGGAAGGGAGGAUUCAGAGACUGGUUCCCAGACGGAAGCGGCGCAUGUUGGCAAAGACUGA